AUGGCCAACGACCAGAUCAAACAGCGUCAAGCCUGGCGCAGGACCGACGAUUACACUCCGGGCACGCCCAAACUCAAGCUUGUCAUUGAAGAUCUACCUUUGCCCUUGGAUCCCACCGCCGCUUUGAUCAAGGUCCAUGCCGUGUCUUUGAAUUAUCGAGACGCAAACAUCUCGAAUGGCGGCAAUCCAUGGCCCGUGACCCCGAACGGCAUCAUCUGCAACGAUGCGGCCGGGGAAAUCAUCGCUGUAGGCGAUAAGGUGAAACGCUUCAAGGUCGGAGACCGCGUGGCCCCAACCAUUGAUACCGCCUAUAUUACCCAUCGGUCCACCGGACGGUCCUGGCUGGCAGCGAACGAAGACGGGGUCCUUGCCACGUACAUUGUUUAUGACGAAGAGGUCCUGGGAAAGCUACCUACCUACCUAUCCUGGGAGUGCGCCUGUUUGAUCCCUUGUGCGGGUGUAACGGCAUGGGCCGCGCUGAGGGAUGUCGGGAUCGGUAAAAGCGUCUUGAUUCAGGGGACGGGCGGCGUGAGUCAUUGGGCCUUGAAACUUGCUCGAGCUGCAGGCCUGAAAGUCGUUUUGACUUCAUCCGACGACAACAAACUGAGCAAGUUGAAGAAGCAUUUUGGAGCUCCAGAAAUCCUGACCAUCAACUAUUCCAAAACUCCCGAAUGGCACGAGGAGGUGCUCAGACUCACAGAUGGCAUUGGAGUCGACCUUGUCCUUGAAAUGGGUGGAUCGUCGUCGUUGGUGAAGAGCCUCAGAUGUACGCGAAGAGGUGGCAUCGUUAGUCAGGUUGGCUAUCUCGGUAGACAGAAACCAGAGGAUCUCCAUGAGUUGGUGCCGACAAUCAUCGAUCGAAGAGUGAUAUUGAGGGGCAUCAACGCCGGUCCUGUAUCUGACAUGGAAGAUCUCUGUGCCGCUUUGGAAGCUACGCAGAUGAAUCUUGACGACAUCAUUGACAAGGUCUACCCGUUUGACCAGGCAGAGGAAGCAUUGCAGUCUCUGUGGGAGGGCAAGGUAAUUGGGAAGCUGGUGCUUCGUCUGUAA